GGCGGGCGGGCUGCGGCCCGCGGAAACAUGACAGGUGGCGGGAAGCGGCGGCCCCGCGGCGGGGACGCGGGCCCGGAGCAGUGUGAAAAAAAUGGAGAUGUCAAAAAGAGAAGGUCAGAUCAGGCUGAUAUCCCUGAUCAUCUUCGUCAAGAAGCGGAAACAUGUUACCAGCUUCGACUGCCUGAAGACUUCUACCAGUUUUGGAAGUUUUGUGAGGAGCUAGAUUCCGAGAAACCGAGUGAUGCACUUGUGUCAAGUGUUGGACUUAAACUGGUUGGACCAUAUGAUAUUCUUGCUGGAAAACACAAAAAAGUAAAAUCAACAGACCUAGAUUUCAAUCUUCACUGGAGAUUUUUCUAUGAUCCUCCAGAAUUCCAGACUAUAAUUGCUGGGGAUGGCAAAACACAGUAUCACAUGGGAUAUUUCAGGGAUGUGCCGGAUGAACUGCCAGUGUGGGUUGGUGCAAAUGAAGCUAAGAAGAGCUGUGUGAUUUCACAAGUUGGUGAUAAUGUAUUUGCUGCAGUCAAAUUAUUUUUGUCAAAUAAACUUAAGGAAGUGACUGAUAGAAAGAAAAAUGCUAUUCUGAAAGACAUUGAUGAAAAACUAACAAGAAGAGCAAAAGAACUGGGUUUUUCACUUGAACAGAAAACUAUGAAGAUGAAACAGAGAGAUAAGAAAGUGGUGACCAAAACUUUCCAUGGAGCAGGCCUUGUUGUUCCUGUAGACAAAAAUGAUGUUGGAUAUAGAGAACUUCCAGAAACAAAUGCUAAUCUUAAAAAAAUUUGUAAGGCCAUUGUUGAUGCUCCUACUGACGAUCAGAGACUGAAAGCUUUUGCCCCCAUUCAAGAAAUGCUUACUUUCGUCCAGUUUGCUAAUGAUGAAUGUGAUUACGGAAUGGGAUAUGAACUGGGCAUGGAUCUGUUUUGCUAUGGAUCACAUUACUUUCACAAGACUGUGGGUCAGCUGCUGCCUCUUGCUUACAGCCUGCUGAAGAGGAACCUCUUUGCGGAGAUUAUCCAGUCGCACCUGGCAAACAGGAGGGAAGACAACGUGGAUCAGCUUGCCCUGUGAGCAGAGCAGAAGCCUGCAGGGCAUGGGAGCAGCAACCUGUUAACAUGGCUGUUCCUUUGUUGUUCAGGUGGGGGUUUCCUGUUUUGUUUGUGUUUUGUAUGGAAAUGUGUCCUGUAUGGUCAGUAAAGCUUUUUCUAAGUAACAA